GGCACACGGAAGGAAACCUGAUUGUGCAAACCCGCCUGAAGAUCUGCGAUUACAGUAUGCUACAGGGUCCAUGAUUGCACCUAUUAAGGGGUAGAUCCAGCACGGCAUCCAGUGUGGGAUGGCUUUCUCAAAUACUAUGAGCAUCUAUUUCACAAACAUCGAUUCAGUUCAGAAUCCGUCUGAGUACACAAUCAGUCGCAGUGCUGCUUAGAACAUUUAAUCGCCGGUUUGGGGAUGGUCUCAUGCUGUUCCGCUUACAAUGAGCACCUUGUGCCACGAUGUCCAAUACUAAUAUCCUCCCAAUGCUACAAGCUUCUGUCAGUGAUACCGCUGCUCCAACGCGAUCAGUGGCGCCAACUACAAACGCGAAGCGGACGCGACCUGGCCCGAACAAGAACGGACGCACACUCUGCGCUCACCGUUGGUUGAAUGGAGUCACGAAGGACGGGACAACAGCAGACUUCAAGAUCUAUUGGACUGCCUUGGCGAAGGACACCAAACAAAAAUACGAUCUCGAAGCAGCUCAACUGGUUGCCUCGGGCGUCUGGAACGCAAAUAUGGCCGAUAUUAUCCUCAAGAUAUCGAACGGGAUAGUCUACUAGCUGGACGAGCAGGAUCACGAGCGCGCAGCGGGCGAAUAGGCA